UCAUCACAUGGUUGGAGUGAGUGUGCUGUGGAGUUCUGAUAGACAAGAGACACAGAGACGUGCUGGAUUACAGCCAGUAAUUGGAGGAGACAUUACAUGUAUGAAAUAAGCAAGAAGACAUUCAAACCACUAAUGUUUGGAUACUUUAUUGAGGAACAACAACGGACCUAGGAUUUACCUCUGAGGGAAAACUGCCAUAGAGCUGAUCAGGACCAUGAGGUCAAUAAAUAAGAAUAUGGCUGUCUGGAAAUGCAUCUGAUCCACUGGUUCUGCCUCAGAAGUUAAACCAUGGGAAACAUAGAGAGCCAAAAUGGAGACCACGCCUACUAUGGUGAGGGGCAGGGCCACCUCUCACGAAAGCAUAUGACCCGAUCUCUUCGCAUCUCUAACAAGCAGUCUCGACGAUCACGUCACACCUCAUCCAGCAAGGCUGAAUACCGCAACUCUGAGACCAGCACAAAAUCCAGCAGCACCCCUUCCAUCCCACAAUCCCUGAGUGAAAAUGGCCUAGAACCUUUCAAUAAGAAUGUUUUGGAGGGCUAUGGGGGUACCAUUUGGGUGGACCGGAAGGCCAUGAACUUGCGGCCGAUGUCCUUCCACGACAACAUGGGGGAUCCAACCACCACACCAGGUUCUGAAGAUGGAGUGGAAAUGGACACAGUGGUGGCUGACGGUUGUGAUUAUGAAGGACUUUUCACAGGUGAGGACACAUAUCUGCAGAGGACCAGAGAUGGUCCUCAGGAAGGUGGCAGUUUCAAGAAGAAGCGCUCCAAAUCUGCUGAUAUGUGGAGAGAGGAUUCCAUGGAGUUUUCCCUGUCGGAUCUAAGCCAAGAGCAUCUGACAAGCACAGAAGAGAUUAUAGGGACAAAUGAGAAUGAAGACAAAAGCUUCACUAACUGUGGAGGACGCCAUCGCACCUCCAGCCCGCGGACACUUGAGUCUCACUCAGGAGAGAGAGCCAACUCUUUAGACGAACUUUGCACACAGAGACUACCUCCUCUUCGUGGCUCCCACCAUCUCUAUAACGGUCACAAUCCUGAGAGGACGGAGGGGGGCGUAAUGAACGGUGAGAUCUUGUCUCCUGCGGAGGAGGAAGGGAACGGAUAUGGAGCAUACACUCUUCCUUGUCGUCGUUCUCACUGCCUGUCGGAAGGACUGUCCAAUCACCAGACUACCAUCUGCUCACGUAUGCAGGGACGGCGUGCACAAACAACACAUGAUAUCACGGCCGGUGAGGGCAGUGAGUAUGGAGACAGCGGUAUUGACGGUGGUGCAGCUGAAGUCGAGCAUUCCUCACGCCGUUGCAAGACCAUGUCUGCGUCCUUCUCCGUCUACUCUACUGCUAGCGGAAGCAUCUUCGCGGGAAGCGACAGUGGCAGUAGCAGCGGAGGUGGAGGAGACCGUGAACGUCAACCGGGUGGAGAUCAAGGUGUAUACGAGAACUUCCGUCAGGAGCUGGACUUGAACUCCCGACAGACACGGGAAUGCCUCGAGGAGGCCGGUUCGGCAACUAGCGAUGAGAGGAGCAGUGGAACGCUAAGCUCCAUUUACCCCUCAGACAUUCUGCUUAGCAUGGUGCAGGGCACUGUGCGGAAGGCCGGCAUGCUGGCUGUGAAGAACUUCCUGGUGCACAAAAAGAAUAAGAGGGUGGAGCCAGCAGCAAAGAGGAAAUGGAAACAGUACUGGGUGUCACUCAAAGGAUGCACUCUGUUUUUCUACGAAACGGAUGGACGUUCAGGAAUUGACCACAACAGCAUCCACAAACAUGCAGUCUGGGUGGAGAACAGCAUGGUCCAGGCUGUCCCAGAACAUCCCAAGAAAGACUUUGUGUUUUGUCUGAGCAAUGCACUCGGAGAUGCCUUCCUCUUCCAGACAUCAGGUCAAACGGAGCUGGAAAACUGGAUAACCGCCAUCCACUCAGCCUGCGCCGCGGCCGUCGCCCGUCAGCACCACCAUGAAGACACGGUACGAUUGCUGCGCUCUGAGAUCAAGAAGCUUGAACAAAAGAUCGACAUGGAUGAGAAAAUGAAGAAGAUGGGCGAAAUGCAGCUCUCUGCCAUCACUGAUGGGAAGAAGAGGAAGACUAUCCUAGAGCAGAUAUUCCUCUGGGAGCAGAAUUUGGAGCAGUUUCAUAUGGACUUGUUCCGGUAUCGCUGUUACCUGUCCAGCCUGCAGGGCGGCGAGCUUCCAAAUCCAAAACGCCUACUCGCCGUUGCUUCCCGCCCCACCAAACUGUCCAUGGGUCGUCUUGGCAUUUUUUCAGUAUCAUCCUUCCAUGCCCUGGUGGCAGCGAGGACGGAUGGGGGAAUUCGGAGGCGUAACCAGGCCCUGUCUCGUUCCUCCAGUAAACGAAAGAGCCGUUUCUCCUCUCUGUGGGGUCUGGACACUACCUCGAAAAAGAAAACCAAAGGCAGACCCAGCAUCAACCAGGUGUUUGUAGAUGGUGAAGAGUCAGUUAAGAGGAAUCUCGAGCACAUGUUUGAGGACACUGCAAAGGAGACACUGAAGAACCAAGAGGGUUUGGUGAAAAGUCUCACCCAACACAAGACGGACAGUGAAGUUUGGGUCCCCGACUAUCUCACACCAUCCUGGGUCUCUUUACCUGAUGAUCGGCCUGUGUUGGCUAUCAUACAGCCGGGGGAGACGACCAUGGAGGCCCUGGAGGCACUGUGCAAGGCUCACAGACUAGAACUUUCCAAGCACUAUAUACAGCUGAAGUUCCUCAUUGACAAUCAAGUGCAAUUGUACGUCCCCAAGCCUGAGGAGGACCUCUGUGACCUGCUCUACAAAGAAAUCGAAAUUUGUGCCAAGAGAACCAAAGUCCUCCAGUUUGACAGAGAUGAGUCCUGUGCCAUAGGCUACGGUUUCUCAGUGGCAGUAGUAGAGGAGGACGGAGGCCAACAGCUUCAUAUCACUGAUGUGAAAGCUGGAGGUCUGGCAUUUGCCAAAGGUCUGCGAGCAGGUGAUGAGAUUCUGAAAUUGAACAGUAAGCUGGCGAGUGUGUUGGAGCUAGCUGACAUGCAGACUGCGUUUUCUUUGCCCUCUCUCACCCUGACUGUCAGCACACUGUCUGCUACCGAUCCUCACCAGCUGUGCCAGAUGCCUCCCCACCGAUCGGACGGGGCGCAGGACGUCUGCACUGACAUCUUCUCCCAGAGUCAGGAGGACAUCCUGGAUGAAAGUCUUGUCCUGGUGCUGCACAGCCCUGAUGUCACAGGCGACGACAGGGUAAGCCUAAUGGCUGAGAGCCCUGCUGACAGCCUAGAGGAUGAAACGGGCUCAGCACACAAGAGUACAGAGCAGAUGACUGCUUUCUGCCGCAACCUUCAUGAUAUGAAUUCCACAGAGGGACCCAUUUCCUGUUCCUCGUUUUCCUCCACAUCUUCUUCCUCUUCAUCCUGUGUGCCCAGCCCCAUCUCACCCCUGCCUGUUCCCUUUACCCCCCGCCAGCUCUCUGAUGCUGAUAAACUCCGUAAGGUCAUCAGUGAGCUGGUGGACACUGAGAGGACCUAUGUUAAGGACCUGAACAUUUUGAUAGAGCGCUACCUGAACCCCCUGCAGAAGGAGAGCUUCCUCUCACAGGAUGAGCUAGAUGUGCUUUUUGGAAACUUGGCGGAGAUGGUUGAGUUCCAAGUGGAGUUUCUGAAAACUCUGGAAGAUGGAACCAGAUUAGUUCCUGAUUUAGACAAACUGGAGAGAGUGGAUCAAUUCAAGAAAGUUCUGUUUUCUCUUGGUGGAUCCUUCCUGUACUAUGCGGACCGUUUUAAGAUCUACAGUGCAUUUUGUGCCAGCCACACAAAGGUCCCAAAGGUCCUUACUAAAGCUAAAACAGACCAAGAGUUCAAGGCGUUUCUGGCUGAGAGGAACCCAAGGCAACAGCACUCCUCCACGCUAGAGUCCUACCUGAUCAAACCCAUUCAGAGAGUCUUAAAAUAUCCACUACUCCUAAGGGAGCUUCACUCUCUCACCGACCCUGACAGUGAGGAGCAUUACCACCUGGAUGAUAAGCAGUUCACUCAGACUGUUUAUCAGUGCUUGUCAGUCUCUCCAGAGAGUAAAAAAGACUUCCUGAAGACGGUUCAUUCUAUCCUGAGGGACAAACAACGUCGUCAGUUAAUGAAAACUGAGAGUUUACCUCCAAAUCAGCAGUAUAUUCCCUUCGGAGGAAAGCGGCUUUGUGCGCUAAAGGGUUCACGACCCACUAUGAACAGAGCGGUUUCAGCCCCAUCUCGAACCCUCGGCCGCCGGAAGCUGAUCCGUAAUCGUUUCACCAUAGACACGAGUGUGAUUUUCGAUGACGGCUCGUCCCAGGACCUGUCACCCAUCACCCCGACAGAGCCCCCGCUGUCUUCGCUCCAGAAGCCCCAGCAGGCCAUCCGAGAGACGGAUCGCUGGGUGGAGGAUCAGUUUGACCUACAGCACUACGAAAACCAGGAUGACGUGAAGGAGACCGACAUCCUCAGCGACGACGAUGAGUACUGCCAAUCCGUCCGGGGCCCUUCCUCUGAUCCGAGUCUGGAGGAGUCUUUAGAGGCCCUCUCAGUGGAAGGAGACGAAGACAAGGGUCUCAAUGGACUUUCGGAGGACAAACCUCCAACAUCCCACGCCCCCCUGAAGCUUACCCUCCUGAGAAAGCAGUGUGCGGUGGAGGGUGUCGCUUCUGAGAGGGACUGUGAGGUUAUCUGGGUUCGCAGGGACGAUUUAAAAAACGGCUGCAACAGCGACAUCUUCUGAGCGAAGAGUGUGACGUUUUGUUUUAUAGACUUGUGGGAGAAUAAGGCAGAAAGCUACUGAGUCCAAGCCUUCACAGACACGAUGCACUGACAAUCCUACUGAAAGCCAGAACUGAAGAACUUGCACCAUUAAAAAAA